CGUUACCUCCCUUUAACAAACCGACACUAAAAAAAGAUUUUUAAGAAACAAGACUUACUGGACAUUAGACUGAGUGUUUAGAUACAGCAUUGGAAGCAGAUUGACAGUAAUCUGGAAGCUGCUUCUGUAUGGUAGACAUCAAGAAGCCGGUUGAUCAGCUGAUCGAUUCGGCCAAUGAGGUGCAGGCGGCUGUGUCCAUGAACGUUGCACUGUUCACCAUGCCUGAGCUCACUUUCGCCAGCAUUGCCAGCAUCGUGGCUGCGGGAGCCAUGAUAAUUGGAGGAGUGUUCCCCUUCAUCCCACAGUAUCGAGACAUCUAUAGGUCUCAGAAUGCUGAUGGUUUUUCCCUCUAUGUCUGUCUCAACCUGCUGAUAGCAAAUAUACUGAGGAUUCUGUUUUGGUUUGGUAAGCAUUUUGAGCUGCCAUUGCUAGCCCAGAGUGUGAUAAUGACAUUCACAAUGAUGGCACUUGUUCACCUGUGUGUUACUGUGAAGCACAAGACAGAGAUUAUCAAGUCACGACAACACCAGUUCUCAGAUGUCACACGUGAGCACAGGUUCUUGGACUUGGACAUUGAGCAUUUCUGGCAGUGGACAGACUUUGGUAGCUAUGUACAGUUUACAGCGGCCUUUACAGUGUUGAUGGGUCUGCUCACAUAUCUGUUCCUCGGGAACUGGGUGUUCAUAGAGACUAUAGGCUUCCUUGCCGUGUUUGCUGAGGCCAUGCUGGGGGCGCCACAGUUCUACCGCAAUUUUCAAAACAAGUCCACUCAGGGAAUGAGCAAGAAGAUGGUUGGCAUGUGGACGAUGGGUGAUGUUUUCAAAACAUGUUACUUUGUGAUACGGGAGGCACCGCCCCAGUUCUGGAUCUGCGGGUCCCUGCAAGUCAUGAUCGACAUAUCAAUAUUUAUUCAGGUGUUUGUCUACCGCAGAAACUUUGUGCCCCAUGCGGCUAUUAGCUAGUCUUGUUACACGGCAAUAAGCUAGUCUUGUUUCAUUCUUUAUAGGGUUUUUAUCUUUCAUUUUUAAAAGGACUCACAUAUUUUAUGGUGGCAUCAUUUCUUUAAAACAUUGUUGUAAUUGAGUUAUUUAAUUUUCAUUUAUGAAUAAACACCAAAUAGCGACUGAAGCCUGAAAUAAUUCAAUUUUUAAUAAGAGAUACUAACGUUUCCAUGUAAAUAUAUAAGUAAUAUCUAUCACAUGUUUAGAUAAUAAUUAACAAUAAGGCUCUCUUUUGAAAUAUGUUGGUGAUGCUUUUUCAUUGGAACUAGUAUUUUCUUCACAUUUCUCUUUUUACCGUAAUAUGAUGACUGACACUCUAUACUAAAUGAGUCCCUUUAUUGAGGGUGAACUAUUUAAAUUCGGGUUGAAUGUGGCUUUUUUUAUCCAUGUAUUUCAUAUUGCUUUAUUGCUUUAUUGCUGGAUAUGUUCAUGUAUCAGUCAGAUUAUUAUUCAUUUUUCAAGGUAGACAGAUUUUUCAUUUUUUACGGUCACAAAUUUAUUUAUUGAUAUGAAAAAACAGCACAGGCAUUCAAAAUAUGUUUUACACGUGUUCCUAUUAAGUCCCAAACCAAAUAAAGUAGAUUCAAUUUUACAAAACAUAUAGCCUGUCUAUGGUGAUCUUUGGGGAUGUUCGAGUUGAUAUGUCUCAGCUGUUUUGCAAUUGAUUUUACUUUUUAUGAAGUUUUUGUUGAACAUUUUUAAUUUUCAUUUAUCUAUCAACUUUCAAUGCAACUGUCACUCCACAUAAACAUGUAUGUUUAUAUUUAGCCCGGGUAUUUAAUUAAUUGAUUACCACAUUUCUUAGGCUUUUAGGAUGCACUUGGUUUCUUAAUUGUUUGUGUCGGCGGCAUUAUUGUGCAAAAUCUUACAACUAUGGUGAUACCUAAAAAACAUAAAAGAUAUCCAAUUGAAACUAGGUAUAAAUUUAUGUUACCAGCGACAAUACAGCGACAAGACAUGCAAGACACAUAACUCUGUCUCAAAUAAUAAUCAAGUCAUACCCUUUGUUCAUUUGAAAAACAUAACAUAAAACUGAAAUUGUCAAAAGUGCAUUAUAUUUUCAUUUGGAAUUAAAAGCACUUUAACUUAUGCAAAAGAAGCGUUCGAAUCUUAAAUUUAGAUCAAAUAUUAUUCAUAAAAUGUAUUACAUUCUAUGAUAGGAAGUUUUUUCAGCUGCAAAUACCUCAUACAUGUUAUUUAAAUGAGCCGCAUCCUUCAAAAAUGGGUCAUGCAAAUUAACAUCCCUUUAACGAUGUAAAAAUAUUGGGGUAUGCAUAUGCGUUUUUUUACUAAUAUUUCGAAUGCAUUUUGUUUAGUUAGAAUAACAAUCCCCCUGAUAUACACGAGAAUAAUCAAGAAUAAUGGGUCCUAAACAAAACAAAAAAAACAAGUAUAGGACUCUGGAUAUGUAGCAAAAUUUAUCACUGUUUUAAUUGGUUUCAAAUAUUUAAUACACUGUAGAAAGUGAAAAGAAGAAAAAUAAUGCUUUGGAAUUACAUACAUGCUCUUUAUUUGCUAAUCAACUUGUGUUCAUUUUGUUUCAUGUAAAACACAAAAAAAAUCAUUUUUGUUCACAAGUCCCAAAAUUGGUGGAUGCAACUCAACUAUUAAAUUUAUUUCAUGUAUAGCUAUCACAUAUUUUUUUGCAUUGUAUGUCAUUUCUUAUGUUCAUUGUAAAAACAUUGUUAUAUGUUAACAUGGGUUACAUUAAACUGGUAUGGUGAAUCAAUUUGUAGUUACCGGUAACAACCAUUUACAUACCAAAAUGGGUGCUGUCAUUCCAAAAAGUGUGUUGUCAUACUGAACAGUUUGUCAGCAUACCAAAUAGUUUGUCAUCAUUCGAAACAGUUUGACAAUAUACCAAACAGUGUGUCAUCAUACUCAACUUGUGUUGUCAUACCAAACAGUGUGUCAUCAUACUCAACUUGUGUUGUCAUACCAAACCGUGUGUCAUCAUACUCAACUUGUGUUGUCAUACCAAACAAUGUGUCAUCAUACUCAACUUGUUUUGUCAUACCAAACAAUGUGUCAUCAACCUCAACUUGUUUUGUCAUACCAAACAGUGUGUCAUCAUACCAAACAGUGUGUCAUCAUACCAAACAGUUUGUCGUCAUACCCAACAAUUAUUUAUCAUACCAAACAAUGGUUUUAUGGGUUAUUUUCCCCACCUUAUGUACCGAAUGUUCAUACAGACAUGUACCGGGUAUGUCAGUGUGUGGGUUAUUGAUCCUAAAUUCAUGUACAUAUGUUAUUGUUGAUGAAUGAUUUAUGUGGUUAACUGUUUCAGUAUGAAGUUAAGUUAAGCGAAAAAGUUUUUGGUCAAUAUUACUUCAGAGGUCAGCAAAAUACACAAUGUAUCCUUUUAUAAUGCCAGUCUAUAAUUAUUAUAUUGAAUACUGGAACAUAAUAUACUGGUAUAUAUUAAGAAUUUUUUGACAAAUAGUUCCAUUUAAGGAUUCAUAAUGAAAUAGAAUGGGUAAAUAGAAUGUCUACCCAUAAUUCUACAGUCUAUAUGCUUUUUGUAGCCCUGUCUCUCAACCAUAUUCAGUUCUAUGCAAAUGCAUGAAGUUUAUGAUAUGAUAAUAUAUAUGGUACAUUUGAUUAUACUUUUGAUAAACAUAUAUCAAUAUAAGGCAAUGUAAAGAAGAAUACAUGGUAUUUCAUUCCAUUUUGUAAUAACUGACUAGUGUGAAGGAUCCAUGUAUUGCAAAUGCUGUUCACUUUGUGUAAACCUUUAUAUUAUGUGAUAAUGUAAAUAUGCAGAAAUAUUUGGUGCGAUUGUUUGUUACAACAAGUGUGGGAGGUAGUAUUCAGUGUAGCAAGUUUGUUCUGUCUAAGGGUAUGUACCCCUAUAUUGAUGUGCAAUAUUGUUCAUUAAAACAUAGACAAUGGGGCCAUCUUAUUAACUUGUAUACGGCAUAAUAUUGUUAGAUCAAGAAUUUGAGUUCAAUAUUAAGCAAGAACCACAUAUCAUAUUGUAAUUUUCACUUGCAAGAUCAAAUAAACAUUGCCGAAACUGACCAUUAAAGGUCUUGGUUUUAGAAAAUAUAUAUAACUUUUCGGAAAUGUUAAUUUGAAAAAGCUAUUGUAAGAUAUGUGUGCUAAAAAGAUGGCCCAACUCAGCACCACUUUCAUUAGUAGUUUAUUAAUUCACAAAAAUACUAUAAGCUGCACAGUCUCACUUAUCGACAGUUUUGACAUUUUUAAAAAAUAAUGUCUCAGAAUCAGCUUAUUUUGGCAUCAAUGCUUUUAGUUAUGCAUGAUGACUCACAAAUAGAACAGAUCUCAUUGGUUUGAAAAACUGCCAAAAAUUUCAUUUUUUAUAAAGCUGAAGUUUGGCUUUUAGCCAUAAAACAUUAAUCUUCAAAACUAAAUAUGAAAAACUGCAACUGAUAUCUUGUCAGUAGUCGGAUAUCACUGGUUGCCACAAAUCUCAACAAGAAAUGGCUCAUUUCAAAUGAACCAAAAAUGAAAAAGCUGUCAAAUGGUCAAUAUGUGAGGGUCCAGCUUAAGUCAUAUCUCAACCUCUAUCAUGUUACCAAUUAACAUCAAAAGUUAUUCCAAAUCGUACUUGUUUUUUUUACUCUUUUUAUAAAGCGCAUAUCAGGUACUCUGCAUACCAAAAGUUGGUUAAUAUUCCAAAGAAAUAUGCAAUAGUUAGUUUAAACUUAUUUAUUUUACAAAGAAUGUGAAACAAGUUCUUACACCAUAUGUUAAUCACUCUCGUUGGCACGAUGUUACGCGAGAAUGUGGUCUUGUGUUGUUGGGGAAACGGGAUUACCCAAAGGAAACCCACUUGGUGACCACAAAUCAAACUCACAUGCAGGAAUUGUUUCCUUGAAAUUGACAUAAUGUUUCCAACACAUUUUAUGAGAAAAUAUAUUUUAAAAAACAUAACAACAUAUAAGAUUUUGAAUCAUUUUUGAUGUUAUGUGGUAAAAUGAGUUUAGACUGAGAUUAAGAGUUGUAUUUUUGUGUGCUGGUAGUUCCAUGAGUUAAGAUUGUUAUAUGAACAACAUGUCAUUAAAUAUAAUAAACUUGUAAGAUUACAUUAUGUGCAUUUAAAUUGUUAAAAUAUGCAUGUAUGUGUAUUCUGUCCAUAUAUAUAUGUAAAUUAUGAACUGUGUUAUUUCCCUGCAAAUUCAUGCAUUAAAUGCAAACACAUCCACAAAACAUAGCAGCAUGUUUAGUGUCAAUUCAAAUAAUUCUUCAAUGAAAUGUAAAAGUUUAUUUUUGGUGUAUAUUAUAUUCAGUUAAGCUUCCGUAAUAUAUGCACAGAAUGGUAAAGAAAAGUAUUAAUGAUUAUGUUUUGUUAAAUUAUUAAGUUUUGUUAAGGUAUGAUUUGUUGGGGCUCAGGGGCCAUGAUUACGAAUAGGCUCAAGUCCAAGUCUAGACUCAGACUCAUUUUUAUAAAGGAACAAAUAAUCAUGUUUAUUCCAUUAUUCAGCAAAUUUUACCAUCAGUGCUCUGAUAGAAGGAAAAUUACAACGAAAUGAAGUUUUGCCAUAUUGAGUCUUGAGGCUGAACUCAGACUUGUGAUCACUGCCCCAGAUCAAUCUAUGCAUUGAAAUUUGAACUCAUAGAGACAAAAAGUGUUCACUUAAUGUAGUGUCCAGGGGGUGAUUUCAUCAAGAAUCCUAACACCUAUGUUAAUACCAAGUAGAGGUUUCACACGGUUUAAAAUAACUCUUCUAGUUAUGAGAACAUCAUGUACAUUGUUGUUAUAAGAACCGCUCCUAGUGAUGAGAACCCCUCCUAGUUCUGCUCCUAGGUAUAAGAAUGGCUCCUAGUUAUAAGAACCACUCCUAGUGAUGAGAACCGCUACUAGUUCUACUCCUAGUUAUAAGAAUGGCUCCUAGUGAUGAGAAACGCUCCUACUUCUGAUACUUGGUAUGAGAACUGCGCCUAGAUAUCAGAACCACUCUUAGUUCUGCUUCUGGGUAUGAGAACCGCUCCUCAUUCUGACGCUUGGUAUGAGAACCACUCUUAGUUCUGCUCCUGGGUAUGAUAACUGCGCUUAGUUCUGCUCCUAGGUGUGGGAACCGCUCUUAGUUCUGCUCCUGGGUAUGAUAACUGCGCUUAGUUCUGCUCCUGGGUGUGGGAACCGCUCUUAGUUUUGCUCCUGGGUAUGAUAACUGCGCUUAGUUCUGCUCCUGGGUGUGAGAACCCCUCUUAGUUCUGCUCCUGGGUAUGAUAACUGCGCUUAGUUCUGCUCAUGGGUGUGGGAACCGCUCUUAGUUUUGCUCCUGGGUAUGAUAACUGCGCUUAGUUCUGCUCAUGGGUGUGGGAACCGCUCUUAGUUUUGCUCCUGGGUAUGAUAACUGCGCUUAGUUCUGCUCCUCGGUGUGGGAACCGCUCUUAGUUUUGCUCCUGGGUAUGAUAACUGCGCUUAGUUCUGCUCCUGGGUGUGGGAACCGCUCUUAGUUUUGCUCCUGGGUAUGAUAACUGCGCUUAGUUCUGCUCCUGGGUGUGGGAACCGCUCUUAGUUUUGCUCCUGGGUAUGAUAACUGCGCUUAGUUCUGCUCCUGGGUGUGAGAACCGCUCUUAGUUUUGCUCCUGGGUAUGAUAACUGCGCUUAGUUCUGCUCCUGGGUGUGGGAACCGCUCUUAGUUUUGCUCCUGGGUAUGAUAACUGCGCUUAGUUCUGCUCCUGGGUGUGAGAACCGCUCUUAGUUUUGCUCCUGGGUAUGAUAACUGCGCUUAGUUCUGCUCCUGGGUGUGAGAACCGCUCUUAGUUUUGCUCCUGGGUAUGAUAACUGCGCUUAGUUCUGCUCCUGGGUGUGAGAACCGCUCUUAGUUUUGCUCCUGGGUAUGAUAACUGCGCUUAGUUCUGCUCCUGGGUGUGAGAACCGCUCUUAGUUUUGCUCCUGGGUAUGAUAACUGCGCUUAGUUCUGCUCCUGGGUGUGGGAACCGCUCUUAGUUUUGCUCCUGGGUAUGAUAACUGCGCUUAGUUCUGCUCCUGGGUGUGGGAACCGCUCUUAGUUUUGCUCCUGGGUAUGAUAACUGCGCUUAGUUCUGCUCCUGGGUGUGAGAACCGCUCUUAGUUUUGCUCCUGGGUAUGAUAACUUCUCUGAGUUCUGCUCCUGGGUAUGAGGACUGCUUGUAAAUCUGCUCCUAGAUGUGAGAACUGCUCCUAGUUGUGUUGUUGGGUAUGAUAACUGCUGCGAGUUCUGCUCCUAGGUAAAAUAGCCGCUGCGAGUUCUGCUCCUAGGUAUGAAAACCGCUCCUAGGAUUCUUGAUAAAAUGUUGCCUUGUAGUUUUAUUAUGCUUUAUUAUGUUUGUUCUAAUGUUGGUUCUGUGAUGUAAAGCACAUUCUUGUUCAGGUCAUGUAAAAUGUAUAUUAUUCCCAAAUUUCAUUAAAAAUUGUAAUUAUUAAGUCAACUAUGACAACUAUCCAUAAAAACUUCUAUCACUUCUAAAACAUUCAAUUACUAUUUUAUCCAGCAAAACCUAGUGAUCUCAUUUAUGAAAUGUUAGAAAUCAGUGUUCUUCAAUUGUCACAUUAGACACCUGUGUGUCAAAUACACUUACUCUUAAAUAAUGACCACUAUGUAAAUGUAUAUUUAUUUUCGAUGCUUGUAGUAAAAACGAUGUGUGCAUAUCCUUUUGGGAGAAGAUAUUUUUAAAUAAAAUGAGA